AUCGAGGCUGUGCUGGGAAAUGAGUCUUCGUCAGACUUGAGGCCAGGAGGACAAGCACGCGGAAGGGGACGAAGAAUCCAGGGUGUGGCAGAAGACUCUGAAGGGAAGCUAAGGGGGACGGAUCCAGCGAGACGUCGGGGGCAACAAACAAGGUUCUGAAAAUGGACCGACCUGUGAGGCCAAGAUUGGCCUCGCUCAGUGACUUUCAGUUUGGAGCUGUUGCCACAGAGACAAUCGAAGACGCUCUGCUCCACUUCGCCCAGCAGAAUGAGCAAGCCGUGCAGGAGUCUGCGGGCCGGAUGGGCAGCUUCAGGGAGACCCGGAUCGUGGAGUUUGUUUUUCUCCUGUCUGAACAAUGGUGUCUGGAGAAAUCCGUGAGCUACCAGGCUGUAGAAAUCCUAGAAAGGUUUAUGAUUAAGCAGGCAGAGAACAUCUGCAGGCAAGCCUCAACCCAGCUGAGAGAGAAGACAGAGCCUCAGAAUUGGAGGGCUCUGAAAGAGCAGCUUUUCAACAAGUUUAUCCUGCGUCUUGUGUCAUGUGUUCAGCUGGCAAGCAAACUUUCCUUCCACUACAAAAAAAUCAGCAACGUUACAGUCCUGAAUUUCCUCCAGGCUCUAGGGUAUCUACACACUAAAGAAGAACUGCUGGAGUCAGAGCUUGAUGUUUUGAAGUCCCUGAACUUCCAAAUCAAUCUGCCUACUCCCCUGGCAUACGUGGAGAUGCUCUUGGAGGUUUUAGGAUACAACGGCUGUUUGGUGCCAGCCACACAGCUGUAUGCAACCUGCCUGACCCUACUUGACCUAGUCUAUCUUCUCCAUGAACCUGUAUAUGAGAGCCUGCUGAGGGCUUCAAUCGAGAACUCCACACCCAGUCAGCUGCAAGGGGAAAAGUUUACUUCCGUGAAGGAAGACUUCAUGCUGUUGGCAGUAGGAAUCAUUGCAGCAAGUGCUUUCAUCCAAAACCAUGAGUGUUGGAGCCAGGUUGCGGGGCAUUUGCAAAGCAUCACUGGCAUUGCCUUGGAGAGCAUUGCCGAACUCUCUUAUGCAAUCCUGACUCACAGCGUGGGAGCCAGCACUCCAGGUCGACAGCGGCCUGUUCCUCCCCACCUGGUGGCCGGAGCACUGAGGGCUGCUACUUCUCCAACACAUGAGGCAGGCGGAAUCCACCCAAAAUAAACAGCCUUCUGUCACUGCACUCAUCUCUCCCCUUCCUUACUUUCAUACUCAGGGUACAGGAGUUCCAAGUUAUCUUCUGAGCUGUGUUUUAUAUUCCAACUUGAUGCUUAUUUUUCUGCAU